AUGGACUCACUAGGCACAGCAACCACACGGUUCCUGUUUCAUCUUUUUAAAGAACUGAAUAAAACAAAUGACGGCAAUGUCUUCUUCUCCCCGGUGGGCAUCUCAACAGCCUUCGGCAUGAUCCUCCUGGGGACCCGAGGAGCCACUGCCUCUGAGUUACAGAAGGUACUCUACUCUGAACAAGACACAGAAAGCUCCAAAAUGAAGUCUGAAGAAAAAGAGGUGAGACACACAGAAGAAAUAUAUCAUCAAUUCCAAAAGCUCUUGACUGAAAUAAGCAAUUUUUCUACUGAUUAUGACCUGAUCAUAAACAACAGGCUGUUUGGAGAAAAAACAUACCUGUUCCUUCAAAAAUACAUAGAUUAUGUUGAAAAAUAUUACCAUGCAUCUCUGGAGCCUGUUGAUUUUCUAAAUGCUGCAGACGAAAGUCGAAAGAAGAUUAAUUCCUGGGUUGAAAGCCAAACAAAUGAAAAAGUCAAGGACCUGUUUCCAGAAGGCUCUUUGAACAGCUCCACCAAGCUGGUGCUAAUAAAUACAGUUUAUUUUAAAGGCCUGUGGAACAGAGAAUUUAAGAAAGAAAACACCAAGGAGGAGGACUUCUGGCUGAAUAAGACCUUAACUAAACCCGUGCAGAUGAUGGCCCAGUGCAGCUCCUUCAGCUUCACCCUCCUAGAGGACCUGCAGGCCAAAAUUGUGGGGAUCCCAUAUAAAAACAAUGAUCUCAGCAUGUUCGUGCUUCUGCCCAAUGACAUCGAUGGUCUGGAGAAGAUAAUCGAUAAAAUAUCUCCCGAGGAGUUGGUGGAGUGGACCAGCCCCGGACACCUGGAGCAAAGGCAGGUGGACCUGCGCUUGCCCCGCUUGCAUGUGGAGGACACCUAUGAGCUGGAACCCACGCUGGGAGCUGUGGGCAUUCACAGCGCCUUCAGCGAGCACGCGGACUACUCAGGAAUGCCUGCGCACUCCGGGCUGCAUGCCCAGAAUUUCCUGCACAGAUCAUCCUUGGUGGUGACCGAGGAAGGCGUUGAGGCCACUGCGGGCACUGGAGUGGGCUUCACGGUCUCAUCAGCUGCGAGCUGCGAACUUGUGCACUGUAACCAUCCAUUCUUGUUCUUCAUCAGGCACAGAGACUCUGACAGCAUUCUCUUUUUCGGCAAGAUUUCUUCUCCCUAA